CAAUUCAAAGUCAAGUGUAGUUUUAAGGAGUCACAUCUCCGGAGAGCAGAGCCGCUCACUGCUCGCUCCUGCACCCGAACACCAGCUGUGUUUGUCGGAUACAAAGUGCUCACAGGAGCCGGUAAGCAACGACCGGGACCGGAGAUAUAAGCGGGUUUUUGUGCCAUGUUUUUCUAACGGAUAAUUUGAUGAAGCCCACACCUGCAGCUGACUGUCCACUGUGAAGCAGGAUGAACGGAUAUGAAACUCCAGCUCUCGCCUCCGGCAUCUUCGGCUCCUACAGCUCACAGAUCAACGGCCAUGGCUCUCAGUCUCCGGAGCCUCCUAAAAAUAAAGCCAAGAAGUCCAGUGCCAAAGCUCUCUAAGAACAAAGAAAACACUUCACUAAAACCAGCAUCAACAGUCUGACGGACACGUCGCAGUAUCAUGUGGAGCACCUGACCACAUUCGUGUUGGACCGUAAAGAUGGGAUGAUCACAGUGGACGAUGGCGUCCGUCGUCUUCGUCUGCUGGAUGCUAAAGGAAAAGUUUGGACUCAGGAGAUGUUGCUGCAGGUGGAGGAGAAAACUGUCAGCCUCAUCGACCAGGAAACGAAGAACGAGUUGGAGAACUUCCCCAUUGCGACGAUCCAGCACUGUCAGGCUGUGAUGAACGCCUGCAGCUACGACUCCAUCUUGGCUCUGGUGUGUAAAGACUCAGGUCAGACCAAACCUGACCUCCACCUGUUCCAGUGUGACGACAUCAAGGCGAAUCUGAUCCAAGCAGACAUAGAAAGUGCCAUGAUCGAUGCCAAAGGAGGCAAAGUGAAGAAGAGACCAGAGACGCUCAAGAUGAUCUUGAAGAGUGACGGGAUCAUCCCCCCUCCCCCUGCUGCUCCUGCCCCCGAACCACCGGCACCAUCCAAUCAGGUGGACGUGAAGAGUCGAGCAGCCGCAUGGUCAGCCUGGACCAAUGAGCAGCAAGACUAUGAGAAGCAGCGGCAGAUAUCAGAAGAGGCCGGACCUGUGGAGAUGACUGCAGCCAGAGUGGACCGAGACGUGCAAAUCCUGAACCACAUCCUGGACGACAUUGAGUUCUUCGUCACCAAACUUCAGAAGGCUGCCGAGGCGUUUAACGAGCUCUCCAAGAGGAAGAAGGUCAAGAAAGGGAAGAAGAAAGGUCCAGGAGAGGGCGUCCUGACUCUGCGCUCUAAACCUCCCGGUGAGGACGAGUUUGUCGACUGUCUGCAGAAGUUCAAGCACGCCUUCAACCAGCUGGGGAAACUCAAGGAUCACAUCCAGAACCCGAGCGCAGUCGACCUGCUUCACUUCCUCUUCUCUCCUCUCAGGAUGGUGAUCCAGGCGUCGGGCAGCGUCGAUCUGGCCCGCAGCGUCGUGGUUCCUCUUCUGACCAGAGAGGCCAUCGACUUCCUGCACGCCUCAGGAACAGCCGAGGAGAGACACGUCUGGGUCGCCCUAGGAGACGGCUGGACCAAAUGCAGGUUGGAGUGGCCGAAGGAUCAUUACUUCCCCCCGUGUGUGCUGACGUUUCGGGACAGCUGGGAGCCUCCAGUGUUCCCAGUGCACCCAGCUGUGACUCCGUCCAGAGAGCAGGAGCUGACACAGCUGGCCGAGAGUCUCGCCAACGCAGAGAUCCAGAGACAAGAGGAGCUGAGGAGCAGACUGGAGCAGUCGGCGGUGCAGAAGUUCCCUCCUGCAGACGGGUACGCCUUCGCAAACACCUCCUACAAACGCAUGCAGAUCCUGGAUCAGGAAUCGGCCAUGGCUGCUUUUAAACAGGCCGUCAGCCGCCGCGUAGACCGGAGUUUUGAUGCCGACAGCAGAGUCCAACCAAAACUGUUUGCCAAAUCUAAAUAUGACUUUGUGGCAAGAAACAACACGGAGCUGUCCGUCCUCAAAGACGAAGUCGUCGAGGUUAUUGACGACAGGAAGCAGUGGUGGAAGGUUCGUAACGGCUGCGGGGCGUCCGGCUAUGUGCCAAACAACAUCCUGGAGAUCACCAAAGCUGUGGACAUUACCGGCAGAGGAGAGCCCAUCUACAGCCACACCAUACAGAAGCAGACUACCAGGACAGACUACAUCCCCAGUAAACCAGUAGCGACUCCAAUGCCUCCUGCUCCAACACCGCCCCCUCCGGCCCCCACCAGGCUCCCCACGCCGCCGCUGCCUCCUCCAGCUGCCGAGCCCCCAAAGCUGGCCGCCAGCGGCAGUGCAGUCAGUCGGCAGAACAGCACCACGUCCAGUGACAACAGCAGCGUCGUCACGAGGGACCACAACAACCAGAGGCCUGCAUCCGUCAACCGCAGGAAAUCCAAUAUGGAGGAAGUUCAGGACGAGCUGAUGCACAGAUUGACUUUAGGUCGCAGCGCUCAGAAGAAGUUUCAGGUUCCGUCUCGCAGCGGCAGCCUGCCAUCCAACAGCAUCACCUACGACUCAUCACCUGACGACGUCAAGGCCUGGUUAGAGGCCAAAGGCUUCAGCCCAGUCACCAUCACCAGCCUCGGCGUGCUGACCGGCGCUCAGCUGUUCUCGCUCAACAAGGAGGAGCUGAAGACUGUUUGUCCCGACGACGGAGCUCGAGUCUUCAGCCAGGUCACCGUCCAGAAGGCCGCGCUGGAGAAGAGUUCAGGCUCUGAGCUCCAGGAGAUCAUGAGGAGGCGGCAGGAGAAACUGGCAGCCAGCACCUGUGAUUCAGGGGUGGAGUCUUUUGAUGAAGGCAGCACCCACUGAGCUCCACACACACGGCUUCCUCCCUUCCUCCCUCCUGCUUUACUUCCCUCUUUAUUUUUUUUUUCUUUUCAAACUGCAGCCUGCUGUUUUCUCGCACUCUUGAUCCUCAGGCGGCGGCCGACCAUGCCGAGUUUUUGGAGAUCAUGCGGCGCAGACAGGAGCUCCUCAGCUCGUCUCCAUAGAAAGAAAUAUUAAAAACAAAACAAAAAAAACCAACCAACCAGCCGACUGACUUUUGGACCGUCUGAUAUUCAAACCGAGAGAAUUCUGCCAUGUUUGCCUGACGUACACGUGAACACUUGUGGGACUCUGGAGGAGUUUUUGUUGGUGUUUGUAAAAAGUGAAGAAAAGCUGCUCAGUAGCUCAGUUUCCAAAGCAAAGCCUCUCAGUAUUAAUGAACGGCUGGUAGUUUGUUAGCUUCAGUUUGUGCCUCUCAGGUGGAGCUGCAACGAUUUGUCAAUUAAUCCAUCUACAGAAAAUAAAUCUGCAGCUAUUUUGGUAAUCUUUUGAUAAUUUUUCAAGCAGAAAUGACUAAACUUGACAUUUCCAUUCUCUCAAAUGUGAAGAGUUGUUGCUCCUCUCGGUCGUACUUUGUAGCAAAUUUAAUAUUUUUUGGUUUGGGAAUGUUGGUUGGACACAAACAGACAUUUGAUGAAGCCACUUUAGGCUGUAGGAUAUUGAAACAGGCAUUUUCCAAUGUUUGUAGCCCAAACGAUUAAUUGAGAAAAUAAUCUAUGGAUUAAUUGUAACAAAUAUAAUCGUUCAUUUCUCAUGUGUCGUCACAUUUGAGUCACAGAGAUAAACAUUUGUUUCUGAAAGACUAAACCCCGACAACACUUGCUGCUACAUAUUUCUAACAUGUGGAUGUAAAACAUUUAGUCCAUUGUACAAUAACUAACCUGAGGCCUGGUCUGCACAAACACAGGUGUUUUUUAAAGCUUUUCUCUGUGUUAUGGUCUUUUCGUCCACACAAAUGGCAUUUUAUGUCACUGAAAACAGACCUUUUGUACAGACACAAAGUGAUUUUGCCAAGUAUGAUAUGUUCCUGGACGAACAUCCUCUUGCUUCUUUAAAAAUCCGUUUGUGCUUCGUCUGAGCUAAUUUUCCAAAUUGAAGUUUAUACAAUUGAACAAAAUCUGUGUGAGCUGCUGCAGGGUUAGCGAGCUAGCUUGCUAACUAGGUAGGAAAAUGUGUUAAUAGCAGGUAUUUGCAACUGAAAAUAAUGUCAUCCUUAAUAUUUGCUAGUUAAUAAUUGAGUCUAUUGGCAAGCUUUCGUGUUAGCAAAGCCCACCUACUUAGCAAGCUCGCUAAAAUUAUAGCCUAUUGGCAAGUUUACCAGGAACUUAAUUGGUGACUCUAAAUUGUCCAUAGGUGUGAAUGUGAGUGUGAAUGGUUGUCACAGAUGUUUCAGGACUUCGGGGUCGCUGAUUAGACUCUUUGAGGACUUCAAAACACCUUCAAAUAUUAGGAAAGUAUUAAUCAACAAUCUGGAUUAUGUCAAAGAUGGUCACAGAUUUAUCUUUCAGAAAAGCAGAUGUUUAACUCAACGACUUGAACGUACUGACGAUAAACGAGAGGCACAAACUGAUGUUCGUAGUCCAUAUAACUGACGAGUUGAUGGUUUGUACAGAAAUACAUUUAAGUGAAUGUUGGUUUGAAUAUAUUGUUCUAGUGAACACAUUAAUAGACUGAUUAAUAUUUACUGUACAGUUCAGAUUUUUUUGGCCAAGAACAUCAUGAUAUUCAUAGUAUAUUUUUUUUUAAUUUUAUGAUUAUAUCAAAGGUUUAAAUGAAUUAAUAUAAUUGAUGAUAGCUCUGAUUGACUGGGAAACAAAAGACGUGAAAAUCCUUUCUCUUGAAAUGCACAAUAACUUUAUUACAAUUAAAGGACAUGACGUGAUUUAGAGUUAGAGACAUUAUUACACACAGAUCUCUUGAGAUGUUAUUAGAUUUGGCGAUCAGCAUUUUUGCACAAUAAAUAAUGAAAAUGUUUCUGAGCUGAAGGCGAGUGAAGAAUCAAACCUGUAAGAUGAUUUUUUUUUUUUUUUUUUUUAACGGCUGUAAAAAUCUGUUUCUGCUGACGUUUGUGUUAAAAGUUCAAAUGUCGUCCAAACACUGAAGCGAAUGUAGUCUGACUCAGCGAUCCUCCCUUUGUAAACCUGAUGAAUGUUUUCUUCAGGGUCCGCCCACCGCCACAGGGAGCCUCGUGUGUUUAGAAACAAACGGUCCCGUCAGUCAUCUGACAUCAUCAUAUUUUGACCAACAUACUGUUAAUGUAAACAGGAAGUGCUUGUCAUGCAGAGUGACAGCAGCGAACAGACUGUAGCCUCCAGCUGACGAUCCUAACGAUGACCUGAAGAAACUCUACGAGUGAUCUACGACUAAUCUUUAAUUAUACGCAGCUGUGUUGUGAACAGAAUGAAGACUUUAUAGAUUAUAUAAAACUAAAGCAUAAUACUGAUUUAAACUGAUUGUUCUCAUCAUGACUCUGUUGUCGUUCAUGCUUGUUUUAUUCAGUCAUCUCAGGUCAGCUGAGGCUGCGUCAGCAAAUACUGUCACUGACGCUGACUGACGGGACACUAUAAACAUUUGUUCAGUGGGAGUUGUGUUUUCUUCUAUACUAUAAAUUCUCAAAUAGUUAAAGUGUCAGAGAGGCGGGUCUUUGUUCCUAAUGUCCACUGUUACCCAGGUGAUACAGACUCAACACUUCCUACAUGUUUGUUUUCAGGUUAAAUUCAGUUUAAUGAAUAUUUCCACAGUGCUAAUUCAUCCGUACAUCAACAGUCAUGUCACCACUCAACACUGUUUUCACUCACUAAUCAUUUCCAAUGUCGAUCACUGUGAAGCUGCUGUCAGUCAAAGUUAACUCGUGAAACACCCAUAAACCUUUUCUGUCCCAAAAUGUAUCUCAGAGCAUCUGAUAGCGAUAAGAAAAAUAUUCUGAAACCAAGUUCAAACUCAUGCCAAGACUGUCCCUAAUUUAUAAUCUGUGUCUCACUGUGUGAAACUCACCAUGACUGUAAUGAAUGUAACUGAUAAAGGAUCCUUUAUACUUAUGAUGAGACCGACAAAGAAACUGUAUUUAAUAUCAGUGACAUCAUAGUUGACACCAAUCAGGCACACUUAAAAAUUAAAAAUUAAAAAAGGAAAAUUAAAACAGAAAAACCACUUUGCUAACUAUAAAAAUGAAGCUUAUUAUAGUUAAACCCUUUUAAAGUAAUUGAAUUCAAAAUAAAAAUUAUUUUUUGUUUUUUUCUAAGGUCUAACUGAAACAAUAUUGUGUACGUAUAAAUUAAAAAAAAUGAAAUUAUACAGGAAACGUCAUCUUUUAGUCAAGUUUGUCAACGCAACAAACACGAGGAGGCAUUAGUGGGUAUGUGUGUAUUGAGACAGGGACGUCUAUGUGACUGAGUCAUUUGCCUUCACAAAGUGCUGUUUGUAUUGUAAUAACUAUUCUGAACUUCAAAAUUAUUUUCUGUGACAAAUACCCCCUUAUUAUAAUAAAGGAAAUUAAACUACUACUGAAAUCAUUAAAAACUGAAUUAAAACUGAAUUUUUUUAACAUAAAAACUGAACUGAAACGAUCACUUAAUAGAAAAAUAAUAAUUUAAAAAAUAAAUAAUGAAAAAUACAAUACCGCAAUCAGCAAACACUCUGGAAACUAACUGAAACUAAAACGAACAGAAAAAAAUAAAAAUUUUAUUUAUAAAAAACUAAUGAAAAGUACAAAACUAAUAAAUUCUGAUUUAGAAAAAAAUUAAUGCUAUAUAAUGAUAAAACGGUGUUCACUUGAGAUUGACUUUUCUGAAACCACAAGAUAAUUAGCUCAGAAUAAUUAGACAAAUCAACAUUUUUCCCCCAGUUAACAUGAUUAUCUUGGAAAUUAAAUGAAAGAUUUAAUAGAAAAACAUUUUCUCGUUUUACUGAAUUAACAAGGUACUUAACUUGUCAAUUUUCAUUUGCAGUUUAUUUCCAUUAAAACUUCAGUCAGAAUUCUGACAUAAUUAUCUCAUUAAUUCAGAAAAGCUGAGUAGAAUUUUUACUCUUAAGUGAAUGUAUGAUCCUUCUGUAUGCAGCAGUGUGAGUUAUUAAGAUACUCAAGAUACACUGAAUGUGCGUGGUAUUAAUGGUGAAGUGAAGUGUGCAGGUCAAGUGUUUGGUUUGUGGCAGCAGCAAAAAUAAGUGUCAAAGUGGAGAAAUUAACAAAUGAAACAGCAGCAGAGUGGUCAGUAUGACACGACUCUAUGUUCUGUACACUACAUUAAAUUUACCAUACAAGUCAUUGUAGUAGAAGUGACUCCACCCCUCGUAGUUAAAUGUUUCCUUGAGUUUAUUCACCUGACCGUUAUCUGUUCGUGCAGGUCAUGAACUUCCUCUGUCACUGUUCAGUCACCUGCUGCUAUUUGAGAAUUCACAGUAAACUCUGCAUCUGUAAAUAAAGUCUCAGCAAACAAAAAGCUGUUUCGACAAAAAAUAUCAGUAAGCAAAAAAAUAAUCAUUUCUACACAAACUAACGAGACGACUGUUUCUGAUCCGUUUCUGCCGAGUAGCCUGAAGCAGCAGAUCAUCCUCUAGCUGGAGAAAUGUUAUUUAAACAUGUGUAUGCUUUCAUAGGAGAUGUACAAGAAUCAGCCAGUACAUUCUGAACUCACUGUUGCAUCGAUUGAUUGUAUCCAUUUUGUUUUCCACUUAUGCACUUAAUUUUCUCGGGCCGUCCUCGUGGUCGAGUGUAAAGGAUGUAAACGGUGGAAUAACUGAAUGGGAAAGGUGGUUUGUCUGAACUGUAGCACAACACUGUAAUUACACUAAUGAUGAUUAAAGCUGAGUAGAUGUUAACGAGAGCAGAGUAAAGUGUAUUUAGUGAACUGUCCUCGUACCCAAACAGUUCUAGAGGCCAAUGAGACAGAAAUGUUAUUUGUAAGUGUAUAGUUUUCAUGGUGCCUUUUCCAUAUAAAUCUGCUCAUUCUGCAAUAAAACAUUUAUAAAACUCUG